GCAACUCCCAAAUCAGAACCCCAAAUCAUCUCCCCUCUCUCGUGCAAUCUUCAUUCGUCUUCGAUGUCGAUUUUUGAGUACAAUGGAAGUGCCCUGGUGGCUAUGGUUGGUAAAAACUGCUUUGCUAUCGCUAGUGAUCGCCGCCUUGGGGUCCAGCUUCAGACCAUAGCUACUGAUUUCCAAAGAAUUUUCAAGAUGCAUGACAAGUUAUUUCUGGGUCUCUCUGGUCUCGGCAGUGAUGCUCAAACACUUUAUCAGCGACUUAUGUCUCGCCACAAACUGUAUCAACUUCGGGAGGAAAGAGUUAUGAAGCCUGAAACUUUUGCUAGUCUUGUCUCUGCUAUUUUGUAUGAGAAAAGGUUUGGUCCUUAUUUCUGCCAACCUGUGAUUGCUGGCUUGGGAGAUGACGACAAGCCAUUCAUUUGCACAAUGGACUCAAUUGGAGCAAAAGAGCUUGCUAAAGAUUUUGUUGUUGCUGGUACUGCCUCGGAGUCUCUUUAUGGUGCUUGUGAGUCAAUGUUCAAGCCUGAUAUGGAACAUGAGGAGCUGUUUGAGACCAUCUCCCAAGCGCUUUUAUCAUCGGUUGAUCGUGAUUGUUUGAGUGGUUGGGGAGGCCAUGUCUACAUUGUAACACCAAGUGAAGUGACUGAAAGAAUUUUGAAAGGGAGAAUGGAUUAAGGUGUUGGUAGCAAGUAGUGAAGCAUUUCUGAAGAUGAUUUGGUGAUGUCUUUAUUUGUAUUAUUUGAAUAGUUAUUAGUUUUGUUGUCUUUUUGGCUUCACCAAGUGUCUUUUAGUGGCAACUUUACCCCCAUUUAUAACAAAAGGGAAUACAUGAGUUUCUAUGCUUACAGUAUGAUCAAAUGUCAAGAAUAUGCUUCAUUGUUGCACCUA